UGCUAGAUAAAAGUGAUGACGAAAAAUUGUUCAAUAGAAUUCAUUUUUUUAUUUUUUAUUUUUUCUAGUUGUAUAUUUCUAUAUGAUUUUUAUUUAGUAAUAUCAUUUUAAAUCGAAUUUUAUGCAUGUGAUUUAACAUUAGUCAACCGUGAUUUGGCUUUAAUUGGUAUUGAAGAUAAUAAUAUCAAUGUAAUUAUUCGAUUUUUGUUUUGUUUUCGAUAUUUUCAUUAUAUAAUUUUGAUUUGUUUAGAAUUUUACAUUUGAACCAUCACUUACAAUUACAAUAUUAAGUGGAAAAACAAGGAAAUGUAAUGAAAAAAUUGAAUAUUUAUCUAGAAAUGAACGAUCCACAAAUAUUUCAAUUAAUCGUAAACAACUUCAUCGAGAUAUUUUACCUAAUAUUGAAAAACUUAGAUUAAUUUGA